AUGCUGAGCUCAAAGAACACGCCGACGGGCUCUGCGCCUACCCCUCCCGUCACUUACAAGAAUCCAAGGAGAACCUCGCCCGAAAACUCCAUCACCUUGCGACACCACCGACUAGCCCAAGAAGCAGCAAGGCGGUUCACCCCGCCGGGUGUCCCCAAUGCGCAUUCCUCGUUACGGCACUCGCGACGGAUGUCCUCCGGUGAAAGCAACGAGACUGGUCUGAGCGACCCAAAGAAUUGGUUCGAGUCCGCCAAUGGGAAUACCAAUGGCACUUAUGAUACGUCUCAAAUGGACGUCGACCCGCCAUUCUUUCAGAAAGAGACGGAUUCGUCAAAUGAGGACAUCAAAUACGGCAUGCCUUCCCAGACUCCCGCAUACAAUUUUGUUCAGAACCGGGUUCCUGCCUUGCGCCCUGGGGCUACGCAAAGCAGCAGCGCCGGUGAUUACCGCAGCGUCAUCGACGAUCUGACCGUCGAAAAUAAGCGCUUGAAGGAUGAAUUGAAAAAGUACAGGCAGAAGGGACCCGAUUCUUUGCGGAGGGAUAAACUCUUCGAACUGAAGGUGCACGGCUUACCUCGCAACAAGAGACGGGAACUCGAAGCAGCACUCAGAGACUUCACAACUAGCCUGCCAGCAGAGUCAAGUGCUGGAGCGUCUCCCAGUGGGAAGAAGGGCUCAGGGAAAUUACAGAACAGGUCGGCAUCCAAACAUGCUUCUUCGUCUUCGGGAUCGAACUCGAGGCCAGUGGACUCGGCUUAUGCGUCCAUGUCAAACGACCAGGGUUCCUCCUCGGCCCAGCUACCGCACGGACAGGCCAAGGCUGAACGACAACAAUCUAAGCAGAACAUCGAAAACUAUCUACGCGACAUUCCCGAACGUCUGUGGCCUCGACCCACCAUCAUGACCGAGAAUGAGAAGAAGAAGCUUGUGGUGAGACGAUUGGAACAUUUGUUCACCGGGAAGAUGGGCAACAUCGCCCAGAAGCUGCCUCCGCCGCUAGCCACCACGCAGCAUCCGAUCGCUCGCGACACGCAAAUGGAUAUCACCGAUGAUAAUACGGUACCUGCGGGCGAGGCAGCGCGAGAAGCAACAAUCCGACCGCAAGCGAAUCCCAAAGCAAAUCACCCACUUGAUGGUUUAGCGAUAUCAAAGGAACACUCACAGUCACAUUCGUAUGGCGAAUACGAUUUCACCAGUGAACGUGACAGUAGCAGUGGCGCCAACGUAUCGCCUGAGAGCGACAAUACAUCGGAGCAGCGCCCAACUAGACCUCGUGACCUGGACCCAGAUCGAGAGCAGGUCCCCUCGGACAACAUGAAUUAUAUUCGACAUCUGGGCUUGGAUGCACCCGAGGGUCAGGCGAGAUUCUCCAAGAAGGAUGUUUCAACAGAUGCGGAUGGCUGGGUGUACCUGAAUCUUCUCGGUAACCUGGCGCAGCUACACAUCCUCAACGUUACGCCCGACUUCAUUCGUCAUGCGGUGUCGGAGAAAAGCACCAAGUUCCAACUUUCUCCCGACGGACGAAAGAUUCGCUGGCGAGGUGGAAAUGAGGGAACGAGGUUCGUGAGGAGCGACAGCAGUGGCGGCAGCUCGGAACGCACACAUUCAAGCGAGGACACCGACGGGUCGAAUGACCAAGACCAGAGGAAGAAGCGGAAGACAAAGCACUGGGAGGAUGACGGCAUCGCCCAGAAACCGUCGAAAUUCGGGCUGGGUGUUCAGGACUCCAACUCGGAUGAAAGCUUCCACUACAAGCCGAUGUUCGUGCAUCACCAGACAUCAUCUUCGGAUGAGCAGCCGUCGGUGGCUGACGAGACCGCAUCAUCAUACGAAGCUGCGGAAGAAAGUAAUCUGGGCCUGGGACUGCGCUCGCGGUGGAAUCAGAGUGGCGUGUCGACCGGGGUAUCGCAGCGGCAACCCAAGCGCCGGCGCGACGGCGCCAUCAUUUACUACAGCGGAGCACCCUUCUGCACCGACUUGUCCGGCGAUUCUUGUGGCCUGUCUCCCGAGGCACAGCCCCAGGUCAACCUCAACGACCGGCCGCAAGUCUACCGUUCCUCGUCGGGGUCAUCUAUCCCAUUCAGACCGCUCAGUGGCUCCGCCACGUACGGUAGCAAGAUGAAGCCUGAUGGCUCCGACUCAUCAGAGUUGACGUGUGAUGAGACCGACGAUGAGAUUGAAGCUAGUUUUCCCUGGGCUGACAACGCUCAACGAGCACCGUUGCUAAAUCUCGAGGCCAGCGGUCUGGGAGGCGUAUACCCAGAUGAUCAUUUUGUGCUCGCCGUGUCCACUCGACGGCCCAAGAGAGCCAGCUCAGAAUGCGACGACAGCUCUGAUGAUGGCAGUUCAUCACCCAGGCGCCCAAGGCAGCUUGAGCGCCCGAGCCACGACACAAUAGCGUCGAAGACGACCACUGAUACCAUUGCCGGUGGCCUGGCGACCAUGACCACAGACUCGCCCUCAUCAUCACACGUGUCGACGACCCAGGAGCCUUCGGUUGAAAUUGAAUAUGUCGGUGCCAAGAUCCGUCGACUACCGCCUGUGCCACUUCCACCACCGGCCUUCUAUCAGGCGAGUUGCGAUUCGGAUCUGGAUUCGGACGAUGACGACGCCUACGAAGACGAGGAUUCGCAGGACCUUAUCAGACGUGACCGCGCCGUGAUUGAAGAUGGCCCAUUUCACGAUAAUCGUGAUCUGUCUGGAAACGAUGAAGAAGACGAACAUUCCGAAGACGAACAUUCCGAAGACGAACAUUCCGAAGACGAACAUGGCUAUGAUGCUAGCGGUGAUGCUUCCCCAGAGGAUGGCGACAAGUUUGGAUGCGGGCGAGGAUUGUCAGAUUUGUCCAAGAUGGCCACUGGCAGUUCCGUAGCUACUGCCGGCGGCGCGGCCAGCGGAUACAACAGUUCUAUGGAAGAUGUAUGA